AUGAGUCGUCCAUAUACUAAUAUAAUAGUUAAACGAAGUCAUGUGACUAGAGAUGAAGCUUUAAUCUGCUUAAAUACUACUUCUGAAGAGUUUGACCGUCUUUGCAUUCUUACUAAUACUCAUCCUUUUGUGCCGUCUAAAGAUAAACUGACCAAUCGUAGUACACGUAUUCAAUACCGAUUAACAGAUAUCCAUCGCAUACGUGAAUCAGAACCGUACAAGAAAGCCCAUCUGAAAAUCGAAAAUGAACGUAAGAGAGAGGUUUAUAAAUCUUCUGGCCGUUCCCAUCGUAUUAAAGAGUUGGCCGAUGAUCGCAUGGACUACGGUCGUAUUCUUUUAGAGAAGUAUCCUUCUUUUGAUGAUAUCUAUGAAGAUUUGGGAGAAACAUUAACUAGUUUAAUUGUUAGUGAGCGUGUUCUAGUACAUACACGACUGCCUAACUUGAAAUUAGAACAGAACAUUCUGGCUAAGACACAGAAAGAACUGACUCUUUUCUAUCUCUAUAUUUAUCUAUUACGGCCCAAUUUCAAAACAUUCCUAACUCCAUCUGGUGCUUUUUAUUCUAUCUACAUUCAAGAGUACGAAGUCUUCUGGAAAGAAGCCUUCCCUCUGGUUGAUGAAGAGGAUGCUUUAGGAAUUGAUACUAAAAUCCUCUACUACCACAUGGAGUACAAUGCCUAUUUACUAGAAAAGGUAAACUUCCGGCUUUUCAACCAGUUAUCACCAGCUCUUCUUCCUUGUUUACGCGAGUUUAGAGCUGCUCCUAGUUCGGGACAUUUCAAGGCCGCUGAUAUCUUGGGUCUAAUUAAUCGGGUCAAGGAAGUACCAGAAUACCAGGCCUUGCACAUAGCCACUGGAAUCUUUAAAGACAUGUCUUUCUAUCUGGGUGAGAGUUGCCAGGCAAUUGCCCUUUCAUUAGUAUUUCUGGUAGUGGCUACGGGUGGUACUAUAACAGAAGACCCGAGUAAUUGUUCCAUGUAUCUUUGCACGGUACCUCCAGCUGAUUUCCAGGCAUCCAUUCCAUACGCUCAUCCACAAAUUAUCUAUGAUAGUAUCAACCGCCAGGCACCUCAAGACAUUGCUGCAUACCGACCGGGAACAGAAAUCCCUGAUCACGUCUCUCCCUUCCAGUCUUCAUUACAGCAAGGCGAGUUAGAUCUUAUCAACACUACUCAACGUCGUAAAGACAAAAUCAACGACCUUCUCCUCCAUCGCAAAUAA